GGAAACCUUAUUUCAAUGGUUCUUAGGAGUCACCCCUUCCCCAGGCAAGAGAGGCCCCAAAGGAGAGCCCCAAGGGCAGCUCUGGAGAGACCUAGAGAUCCUAGCACUUCCACAUCCUCUGAGAACAAAGAGUCUGAUUCUCCCCUUGAAGAGGCUGUCCACAGCUGUGAGGACAGGCCAGGCUCAGCCGGACUGGUCACAGGGCCAGGCACAGGGGGCCUGGCUGAGGUUGGAGGUCAACCACAGCAGAGCAGUGCGGAGACCAAGGAGUCUCCCACCACAGUCCCUCCCUCAGGCCCAAGAGGGGAUAGAGCUGAGGAGGACUGUCCAGACUUGCUGCUGCCCAGAGCCACAAUGCCCAGGGCCCCCUCAUGGCCACCUGCACAGACCCAGGCUGGGCCUGUACCAUCCCCUGCUACAAGGCCUGUCCCCCGGCCGUGGAAACGCAGCAUGUGCGAAAUAUCCGAGAACUCUGAGCAGGAGGUCAGCCAGGUGGCCUCAGGGCAACACCAAGCACAAGCACCAGGGGAGAGGCCCAGCCCAGCAGGCAGCAGAGAGGUCCUCAUGGAGAAGCAGAAGGAGGCCCAAAAACUCAUGGUGUUUCUGCAGAGGCCUGGGGGCUGGGGGGUGGUGGAGGGGCCCCAGAAGCCCAGGUCCUCCGCAGGGGACCCAGCUUCCACCGCGGCAGUGGCUCUGCCACGGUGGCGGGACCUGGGCAGCUGCCUGGAUGUGUUGGCCUUCGCCCAGCAGCAUGGGGCGCCCGGCCUGGCCCAGGAGACCUACGCCUUGAUGAGUGACAAUCUGCUGCACGUGCUGGGAGACCCGAGCCUCUACCGGCAGCUGAGUGGGGCUGACCGGGAGCGCAUCCUGAGCCUUCGCACUGGCCGGGGCCAGGCUGUGCUGGGGGCCCUCGUGCUGCCCAGCCUCUACCAGGUGAGCCGCUCGGGACUCACAAGGCACCCUUGUGCUGCCGAGGCUCCUGCGGUGGGGCCUGUGCCCCCGCCUCUCCACACAUACCUGCACGUGUUCCACCCCAGAGAGAACACCUGGCGGCCCCUGACCCAGGUUCCCCCAGAGGUCCCGCUUCGGGGCUGCGGUCUCUGCACCCUGCACAACUACCUGUUCUUGGCGGGGGGCAUCCGUGGAUCAGGCGCCAAGGCCGUCUGCUCCAACGAGGUCUUCUGCUACAACCCUCUGACCAACAUCUGGAGCCAGGUGCGGCCCAUGCAGCAGGCCCGUGCCCAGCUCAAACUGGUGGCACUGGACGGGCUGCUCUACGCCAUUGGGGGCGAGUGCCUGUACAGCAUGGAGCGCUACGACCCGCGCACAGACGCCUGGACUUCCCGCGCGCCCCUCCCCGCAGGCACCUUCCCGGUGGUUCAUGAGGCUGUGGCCUGCCGUGGGGACAUCUAUGUCACUGGGGGCCAUCUCUUCUACCGCUUGCUCAGAUACAGCCCCGCGAAGGACGUGUGGGACGAGUGCCCCUACAGUGCCAGCCACCGGCGGUCCAGUGACAUGGUGGCCCUGGGGGGCUUCCUGUACCGCUUCGACCUGCUGCGGGGUGUGGGCGCUGCGGUGAUGCGUUAUAACACGGUGACGGGCUCCUGGAGCCGGGCUGCCUCUCUGCCCCUGCCCGACCCGGCCCCGCUUCGCUGCGCUGUGCUGGGCAACACCAUCUACUGCCUCAACCACCAGGUCACGGCCACCUUCACAGUCUUUGAGGGGACUGCCCAGUUCCAGGCCAAGGAGCUACAGCCUUUUCCCCUGAGGACCAAAGGGGUCCUCUGCCCAUUCAUCCUGACUCUGCCCCCGGCAGACCCGCUGCAGACAGAGCUCUGAGUGUUUGCGGGAGGAACCUGACUUCAGUGCUGCUCUCCAGGGAGACACUGGGGCCUCGGGGGAUCUCAGGGCAGGUGGGGCCCAGGGAGGAGGCUGGGAUCCAGAACUUUCUGCUGUUGUUUCUGGGACAACUUUCGUUUUCUGUUCUAAUCAGCCUCCUGACGCCUUUCCCCUCCCCUCUCUUGAGCCCUCUCCGUGUCUAAGCCCAGGCUCCCUGCACCUGGGAGCUGGUCCUUGGUUCCCUACACUGGUUCCUCACCUCCCACCAAACCCAGGCUGUUUCCUGCCUUUGUGACUUCCUUCCCUCCCUGGUUACACAGCACCUCAGCUGGCUCACACACUCCUCCAGGCAGAGCUCUUCUCUCACAGUACCAUCCCACUGCCUGGA